UGUUAAUACAGGCCAGAUUUGAUCGAAAUGUCUAUAAGGUUGAACGACGAUGCCAUGCGGCAGUUCCGGGUGGCCAAGGUGUUCCAGGAGACGGACGAGCACAAGCUCUCGCUGGACUUCUCGCCGGACGGACGACGCCUGCUGGCCUGCGACCGCUCGGCCCUCUCCGUCUUCAGCAGCACUCGGCAGACGGAGCUCUGCCAGGUGCACAUGCACCACUACCUUCCCGAGGUGGCCUGCUUCGCCCAGCAGAACACCCGCGCCCUGCACUCCACCUCAAAGUACGACUACGCCAUCCGUUGUCUGGACCUCGAAAGCCGCCACUGCGUCCGAGUUUUCAGCGGUCAUUCGAAGAGCGUCCACCGAUUGGCCUGCCAGCCGGGAAACGACAACGUCUUCGUCAGCGUGGGAAGGGAUGAUCAGGUUUAUCUGUGGGACUUCCGAUCCUCCACCCACACGUACCAAAUGAAGAGGCUGCGAGGACCGCUGGUCGCCUUCGAUCCCGCCGGCUUGGUCCUGGCCACCAGUACGGAUACGGAACGCAUAGAGAUUCAUGAUGUGCGGAUGCUGGGCGAGCAGCCGUGCCUGAAGUUCGUCUACCAGGUGAACGACAAGGCCAAGUGGACCCAGCUGCAGUUUGCCCCGGAUGGGAAGACGAUGCUCCUGAGCACCGAUCACUCCUGGUGCUUCAGUGUCUCGGCCUUUGAUGGCACAUUCAAGCAGUCCUUCACAGGGUAUGCGAAUCAGUUGAGACAGCCGCUGGAUGCCACCUACACGCCGGACUCGCAGUUCAUACUUUCUGGAGCGGACGAGGGUAGGAUUCACAUUUGGCGGGCUCAAGAUGGAUACCCCGUGGCUGUCCUUAAGGGCAACAAUGUGGGUCCUGUGCGUUGCUUGCGAUUCAAUCCGCGAGCCACCAUGUUUGUGAGCAGCGAUUUGCUGAUCGCCUUCUGGAUGCCCAUGGCCAAUGGGGUCUACAAUUGGGUGGAGCGCUUGCCGCCCGGCGAAACGGUUUCUUUUAAGGAUGAGGAGGAUGAUGAGAAAGAGGAGCCUCCCAAGCCUCCCACUACCAUGCCUCAACCCUUAGUGGAUAUGGCCCUAAUAAGAACGAGAGUGAAUAGAAAACGGACACGCUCCCAAGUGGUUACAGUAGAUCUCACCCAACAACCAGAGAAAGAGGACACCUUGGAAGAAGGCGAAAUUACCGAUGACUGAGAUUUGUAGAGAUCCUUAGACUCUUAGCUAAAAUAAAGGCAAAGGACUAUCAAU